CCGGGUCGAAUGAGUAUUGUGUGUAUUGUGAUCUUUCAUUAGGCCAAGAUUUUAACUCAAACAAUCCUAAUGCUGUGACUGUGUUGAAUCAAUUGAUUGUUUGAGGCCCUUGUAUUUUUGUUGAUCUACAGUUCCAAAUCAUGUUAAAAUUUCCUGUUUAAGGGAGGGUGUUUUCAUGAAGAUCACUUACUCCUUUGUCAAUGUAGCAAAAAAGGCAAUGGAUGGAUUUGAAGGUUCAACUGAGGAAUGGAAGAAACAGUUGAUGAAAGUGACUUCAAAGUAAAUUGAUUACAAUGUACAAAGGCAAUGGACUAAGAAUUGCCUUUUUGGAGGAGUUUGUCAGUGCCGUUUUCUGUUGAAGUUGAUAAAACUACGUUGCAAGCCCGGUGCUGUUGGGACUUCCAUUGGAUCACCAUGAAGGCAUCCAAUAACGAAUCAAUAUUUGAUAGGUUGGACAAUGAACUGCCACAGUCCACUGUGUACUGGAUGCUUAUCGCCAUAGUGGCUGCCCAGGCAUGGACGAUCUAUUUGACAUACUACAACAGUAGAGUUUUGGGCCUCAUCAUCACUGCCAUUUUGAACAAAUUGGUCAAAUAUGGACACAUCCAGCUUGGGUCAUUUUCCUUCUCUAUUUUGUCUGGGAAAGUCAUGUUCCGUGAUGUUCACCUGAUCACUGAAGACUUCUCUGUGCGGGUGGAGUAUGGCUGGCUUAUAUUUAGGUGGUGGCGGCCCUAUGUCUACAAAGAGCUUACUGAAGAUCUGUCCCACUUGAAGACAAGGAUGAAUCUUUCUCUAGAUGGCUUUGAGUUUCAUGUGUACAAUCGGUCACAAGUCUAUACACGCUUAGAAAAAUUGUUCGGGAUGGCUCAAGAAGAGGAAGAAGUGGAAGAAGAAGGAGAGCCUGCUGUGACAAAGAAAAACUCAUUGUUAGAUGUUCAUUGGAGAGAUUUAGUUCCUGUUACAAAAAUUGAAAUUUCUUCUGGCCGUGUGAUAUUUGGAAACUACUUGAUGCCGUACAGUUUCCUGUUCAAGUUUGACAAAGCCAAUAUGGUGUACACCACCAAGCCGGCCUCCACAGUGUUUGACUUGUUCAUGCACACAGUCAAGUGUAACAUGGAGACAGUGCGCCUCAUGCUGGUGCCCAGCCCCAAGUAUAACGGACCAGUGCAGGAUGAACCUCCACGGUACAUGGGAGAGGGAUUUGUUGUUUUAAUGUCAAACUCUGUUGAUGUGUACUUCUACAUAGAUGAACCAGGUAUAGUGCAACAUGAACCUGAACAGAUCCAAAUGGCUGAUGGAGAGGUUUUAGUGAGAAGGACGUAUCCGUGUGUUGGAGUCGACAUCAAGUGUGGGAAAAACACUGACUUCAAUUAUGGACCAUGGGUUGAUAGGCAAAGAGAGCUGAUCUGGAAGUUUUUCUACCCUGCGGACUACCAGCCUGUGGUGCCAACUCGCGAAGUGGAACCAGGAGAGAAGAGACAGUACAAGACGCUGGAAGUCAAAAUGACCAUCAAUGCAAUUUCCACUAUUGACAUUCUCUUCACAAAAAAUGCUAUGACACAAGCCAUCCACAUGAAUGCAGGGAAAGGAUCAUAUGUGGAAGUGACCAUUCCAUGGAUAAUUGAAGAGAAUGGUUAUGUUACAAAGGUCAAAGGUCAGCUUAUGUUGGUUGAUGUUACCACCAGCAUGUCCUUCAGGUCACUGAUCGAGUGUGAGACUUUAGAGUUUGACCUGAGUGUGGGCUACCCGAGAGAAUGGAAUGCAUGCCAGGAGUGGUACCUGGACCUAACAGCUUGUAAGGCAGUCACUUAUCUAAUCUUUGAUCUCAAGCCAUUUUUCUCCGAUUUGAUAGAUGACUGGUCAAGCAAAGCUGCCCCUGAUAUUUACACUUUUAUCCCGUACACCUGGACUUUGACCCUCAUCAUCAAACAGUUUGAGAUUCUCACCAUGGCUAACGAGAACAACUGGGUGGACACCUCGUCUCAGCAUCAGGAAAAUGCUCAUGUUGCUUUUUGUGGAGAACUGUUGGACUUGUGUGUGACUUUUGACUUCUCAGACUUCAUGCCUGUGAAGGUAGCCGUACCUUUGGUCAUCAAGGGAGAGACAGCGUACUGUCGGCUGUAUCUGCCAGAGAGCAACACCAUAAGACAUGCUCUCAUUGCCAUGUCAGAGAACAUGCGGGUUGUGGACAAGGAGGGAAACGACACGGGGAAACCAUUUGGAGCCACAGAUGAGAAGCAGUGGAGGAAUGUCACUCUGAAGAGCAAUGGUUGGGUGGAUUGCUGGUCGACGCCGUAUGUGUUCCUGACCAUCACCUACGUGUACUUCCCUAUGCCGCUCCUGCUGUCUCAGUCCUCUGUAGAACGCGGCGCCCACCACAGCAUCUCGGCACCAGUGCUGGAGGAAGAACUGCUGUACCUGAAUCCUUCGCGGUCCGAGGACCCGGGCUGCUCCACAGACACACAGCAAGGCGGCGGGACCAGCGGCUGUGGUAGUAAUGAUGGGAUGGAGGCGCCCUUUGACCCUGGCAAUAUGGAGCCUGAUCUGAUACAGGUGGAGCUGGAAGUCGCUCCGUCAGUUCUUGUGCUGUAUGGUUCACUUCUACGUAACCUGUUACAUCUCAAGGAAAACUACUUGGGGGAGUAUCAAAAGGCAACAGAUUUCAAAGAGAGUCCAAGUAAGAUGAAAGAUAUGGAAGCGAGUUAUGUACAUGUAGAGAAGCCAGAUGACGAAGAAAUUGCCUUUGAUGCCAGGAAGUACAGACCGUUCUCAGUGACUGUGUCAGUCACACUCCAUGACAUACAGGCUCACUUAGCCAAGAACUGUUCACGGGAUAAUUUGCCAUGUCCGAGUGCCCAUGUUGAGCGCCUGUGCUUUGAGCUGGACAAGUCUUUCAAAGAGACAAAGUUACAGUUGUUGCUGUCACCAUGUGUCCUGCUGGCAAAGGAUCAUCUGGAGAGAGGCUCUGAGCAAGAGCAUUUACGCGAUGGUCAUCUGGCCCUGUCUGGGUUACAGGUCAGAGGUCAUGCCAUGUUCUCUCUGGAGGGGCUCCCCUUAGAGAGUGAAACUCUGGAGUACGGGUGGUUGAUUGAAGUGAUUGUUGGAGAAUUAACCGGCAAACUGAGCACACCUCAGCUCCAAAAUAUAGCAGAAUUCCUUCAGAGCUUCAUCAUGACAAUUGAGAAUGCAGAAAACAAGCUCCAGACAACACUCCCUUUCAACCGAUGUCAGCAUAUGAUCUCUCAGGAGGAGUGCUACGAUUCCAAGAAACUCCCCUUUCUGUGCCCGUCUUCAGAAGAUGUCAAGUACCAAAUGACUCGCGUGUCUUUGGACUUCCUCAACAUUUUCUUGGUGGAAUCAGGGUCUGCUUUGAAUGUGCAGGUUCACCCUGUGCGUCUUGCACACUGCAACCUGCAUGGCCCCAGCACGCGAGCUGGCAUCACUGGCAUGAUUGAGAAAGUGGAGCUGAAGCAGUAUGUGUCCUGUACCUCCCCGGGCAACAACCUGCACAACUGGCUAGAGGCUGGUGGACUGAGCAUGGGCCCAGUCAUGUUGGAGGCCGCCAUGGCCCUAGCUCACCCACAGCUCUAUCAGAACCAGGACAGAUUUCUUCGGCUCCACGACAACAAGACCAAACGUUUGUGGUUCCUAUGGCAGGAGGCUGACCUGUUCUCCGCACCUCCCCCUGCAGUUAUCGGCAAAUGUGGUUGUCUUGGUGGAUGCGUGUUCUUCGGCAAAAACAAAAAUGGGCUCACAUUUUUUAAGCUGAAACGGCACAGAGAGGGAAGCCAUGUGGCAGUACCCCAGGUCUGCAAAGAUGGCAGUGAUCCUGGUUUUGGUCAAAGCCUACUACAUGCAGGGAAGUUGGUGUUUGAGACCAGCACCAUGGCUCUUCGCAUGUCUCCAACCAAGACUCCCACGGAGAAUAAUGGCUUUUCCUUCACUCGAGGCUACAUGAGUGAGCUUGCCAGUCCUGAAGGAGGGGAAGAGAACUGCUGCAUGCAGGUAGUUCGGCCCGGUGAAGGUGGUAUCACUCUGUCUGAUGAGCUGAGGCCAAAGUCGACGUUCAGCGACACUCAGACCCUGCUCCCCGGCAGUAAGACUGGGGAAGUACGCAGAUACAGCAAAGACAAGCUGCUCAUUCGUCAGAGCUCCUUGCCCUCGGCGGCAGAAAAGUUACCCUCCUCACAGCAAACUGCUGCAGUUGGGUUCGAAAUGCGCUCAGGCUCCAAAAAAGGCCGCAGGGCUCGCCCGCCUCCCUCUGGCAGUCCAGCGUCAGUGACCAGGCAGGGCAGACCGCCUUACUACAAGCCCAUCCCUUCCGAGUCUUUGGACUCGUCUUCCCCUCCUAGCGUUCUUGGGGCUCCCCUCAUCCGACCUGAUUCAAAGGUCAGCAUGGACAGUGUUUCUUACUUUACUGCUUCAGAGGAAAACUCAGACUCGGAUGGGAAUCUCACGUUGACCCCAAAGAAGGAUUCGUUACCGGCCACUGGUUUUGAAGCAGAUGAAGACAGCUACCCCAGUACAAUCAAACGAGCUGCCCCAGGCCAGCCCUCGGGUCUGAGUUCUGUAUUUGGCAAGAAAGGUCUCCACCAGUCUUCCUCAAGCGUGUCAUCAGAAGACAGCACAUUGUCCUACUGCUCUGCCCUCACCGACCACGACAGCGAACUGACCGGGAGUGAAGUUGAUGAGGAGGAGGAGCUCCUGGACAUGAUCAAUCUGCACAGUCACAUGGACCUGCCCAUCACGGAGUCCCCCUUACUGCUCUCCUGUUACUCCCAGCAUCUGUCACAUUAUUAUUGUCAGGACUGGGCCUCUACAGGCCCUCAGCUGGCAGUGUAUUCCGGCCGUGGCCAAGGACUGACCUCUGUCCAGUCUGAGUACUCCCUUUCAUCUGCUGGUCACUCCAUCUACAGUGCUGGAGCUGCCUGGACACCUCACUUCCUCAAGGUCAAAGACGGUUUCAGUGUGAAUGUCAUGAAGCCGCGGGCAGACAUGAAGAAACCGUCGCCAACAAGCAUCGCGGCCGAUCUGUUCAAUGUGAAGGCUACGAUGGACAGGGAGCACUGGCAGCAGACUCAUCCUAAUGCAGACAGCACCAGUUCUGCAGACAAUGUGUCUAAAACCACCGCUGUGGUCCAGUUGUCGGGUUCUUUGGAUGUCCUGGUCACACCACUGUUGCUGGAAGCCUGGCAAAGAUAUGUGGAGGCAGUCACCCCAACUCUGUCCAAGCUACACCCAUCAGCUCUGAUAGACGGCCUCCACAGCCAGUGCCUGGACCGAUUGAAGCAGCAGAACAAACUGAAGAAAGGCAAAGGCAGCGAAGAGAGCAAGGAGGGGCAGGAGGAUGAGCUGCAGGCCUGUGGUGAUGUCACUCCAGUCAAAACCUCCUCUCUGCAGGCUCUUUUCACGUUGCCAAAGAUCAACAUCUGUGUGCUGCAGGCCUCCAUUGUGGAGGAGGUGAUUGCCUUCUCUAACCUGGGCACUGCCAGUGAUCUGACUGCUGUAUCAUUACUAGCUGUUUGCAUUGAUGGCAUUCGCUGCCAGCUACUUUCCAACAAUCACUCGUGCAAGGUGGCUAUUGACGGUGCUAAAGAACCCCUGACUAGAAAGACCAGCUCCACUCCGAGUUCUUCUGUAAAAUUUUCUGCUUCAGCGCAGGCCAGGGCAAAAGGAGAGGUGAACCCGCUUGAGCCAGAUAUUGAAAAACCAAAAGAAAUAACAAGAGAAGAGAAUGUGGGCACCUUGCACAUCUCACAUAUCCAUGUUCAACUUCGGAGGUUGCUUAAGUUCAGCAACUUCUCAGAACAUGUGCUGCUCACUGCCAUUCCUGAACAGUUCUCUCGCGUUCAGUUCACACUGGAGCAGCAGGACACCACCACCCCAGUCUCCACACAGACCCCCAGCUCAGGGAUGCCUCACCCUCCUGUUGGCACCGACAACAGCACUUUGGGUUCUGGUUAUCCUGGUGGAACUAUGCCGUCACCGAAGCGACGUUUGUCUCGCACUUCUAGUAAGGACAGGGAGAGUAGUGAAGCAGCCACCCCAAGAGGAGGUAGCGGCAGCGACACCAGCUCCUCAUGGCAAGCAUCUGCCCCCAGUAUUGGUUUCAUCAUGUGUGAGUGCGGCCUAGAGGAUGUGUCAGUGACAGCAGUCCGACGUUUGGGCUACCGUGAAUCUGGAGAAGCUCAGCUGGAGGAGAAAUUAGGAAACAUUGAUAAGACGGUGCAGCAUAUGGAGGAGUCAACCAGGGUCAAAGUGGAGGGGAAAGAUGCGAAAAAGGAGAAAGACGAGGAGGAGGAUGAGGUUGGUGGUUGUGAGGAUGAGUCGAAAACUAAAUCACAGGAUGGAAAGUCAAGUGGACAGCGCGGUACCGGAGCCAGGAAAGAGGGUGUGGUUGGGGAAUCGGAGGAGGAGUCCAGUACUGAUGAACCAGUUCCUCUGAGUUCUCCGUCGGGUCGGCACACAUCGAACUCGCUCGACUCUUCACCUUGGGACUCGGACAAGUCGGUUGGGUCCAAUGAGAGCAUGGAGGACCCACCAGCCCCUCUGCCCACCCCACUUGAUGGAGAUGCUUCCAAUGGGAGACUUGAACUCAAAACCAUCUGGUUCAACUUUGCUUCGCCCCCUCCCAUCUCCAUCCACAAAAAAGUUGAUUUCACUAGACUUGACUGGAAUCUGCUCAGCACAGCUAGUCCUGCCAUUGACGCAUGGCUGAACCCCAGCGACCGACUGAUGAAUGCUGUACGGGGUUUGGUGCGCGAGUAUUCAAGAAGGCUGUGCUGUGUCAUUGCGUGCAUGAUGAUUGAGGGUUUGGAAUGCCAGGGCAUCCAUGUGGCAUAUAAGAGCAAGUUCAAUAAGCUGACGCCUUUGUCCCACACGCUCCAGGAGGACCCAUCCAAUCAGCUGCUGACAGUGCUGCGCAAGUAUCUGCACAAGUACGGCACCAAUCCCGUGGAGAGAGCUGUUGCCGCGGAGACCGUGCCUCAGCUUAUUACGGUGCAGAAGGGCAUCUUGGCUCUGAUGAGGCAGUGGAAGAACGUCCUGUACAUGCCCAACCUCAGUGAGAUCAACUUCAAGUCUCGACGCAGCAUUCGACCGUACAAUGUCUCUUUUGCCCUGCCUCAGCAAGAGGCGGAGGAGGUGGAGGUGGUGGGAGAAGAAGCUGAGGACAUCAUUAUAGACCAGUUUGAUGUGGUGGAUGAGAGGAUGUCUCUCUUACAAGCUGAAGGAGGUAUAACCCAGAGGUCCGGCUCUGUGCCCAGCAUCAACAGCAAGCGUCAGUCGAUCAGCACGCAGGGGAAGACUGACAAGACUGAUGGGAUGGACUUUCACAGUGCAGAGUCCAACGUGUCCGGAAAGCCUCGCAAGCUCUCAAGUAUAUUUAAGGCUAAGAGAGGUGUCGGAGCAACGGAUUCCCCUCUGGAUCAUAGCUCCUCAAACCUGGCACCCCCACCCAUCGGAAUGAUCCUGAACCGCAAUGACAGCAACAUGAGUUUCAACUCUCUGGCAGAAAGUGUGUCAAGCAAUGAGCAACCCGUGGCCCCAACACCUCCUCACACACCCCUCCGGCACACCGGGCCAAAACAUUCUAUCUUGAAGAACAGGUACAAGCAGAACGAGGACCUGUACCAGUGGAUGGCAAAACAGCAGAGCGGUUUCCGCAUGGACCUGGAGGAGGACCCAGCGCGCUACAUCCGGCAGAACACAUCCGAGUCAUGUACUGGUGGCCUGGGCUCAUGGUCACAUGAUGACAGCCGCACUGACCUCAGCGAUGACCACUGCACCAUGGCCACUUCCAUCAUGCAGCUGGCAGAUGCUCAGAUUCUCUUCAAGCCUGUCCUGCAGAGUUUAGGUUUGCAUGUAGAGAGCGUUCGACCGUCUGCCAUGAUGAAGAAGUUUGGAGGCCAUCUUCUGCUUCAGGGUCACUUUAACACCUUCAAAAUCCUCAUAGCAGAGUCUGAGGCUAGGCCUUCACCUCAAAGCCAUCACAGUUCAAAGGGAAAAGGUCGGGGCAAACGGAGCAUAUUGAAGAUGCAGAUGGAAAGCGCUGCUUUUCAGUGUGAAAACUUUGAUGUGAAUGUGUCUCUGAAGGACGUUGUUGACUUCAGUGAAGGGGAAGAGUCGUCCAAGUUUCCCUACAAGUUUGCCAUGCACAAACUUGAGGCGAAGCCAAGUACAUUGCAGAUUAACUUGCUGGUGAACUGUCAUGCCAUCAGACAGAAUGUAGACAUGGCUCUUCUCAGACUAGCCCAUCAGGUGUUGACAAUGGUUGGCAAUGUGAAAGAGACCCGGGGUGAGUUGAAGCAGAAAAGAACAGAGCAGCCUCCAGCCUGGGUACAGACACACCGCAAGCAGGAGUCGAAGGACUCGACUUCUAGCGCUGACACAAACCAGUCUGACACCUCGCACACAGAACGUCUGCUGGGAUCCCUCUCCAAUAUCAUGGCUUUGGAAAAGGAGAGAGAACUUGUAAACAAACAGAAGGCGUCUCAGGCCACCACUACAAAGUCUGUGAAAGAGACGAUGACAAGUCAACUUCAGCCAGGGUUCACAGCACUCAAAGGGGAAUCAAAACCAUCGUCUAGUUUCAAGCCCCCUGUUUCACCGUCACUUGCUCUCAAGUCGCAGCAAACUCCCCAGGUGACCCCGAAACCCAGUGCAACUCCAUCUGAAAUAGUGCACACCACCCCCUUGACCACCACUCAGGGAACAAAACUGUUUGAAGGCACUGCGGUAAAAAAAACGGAGGACAAGAAAAGACCAGAGGGCUUGGCACUUGGUUCUGCUCCAGGAAAGAAAUCGACUCACCUUCGCUUCGCUCAAGAUGCAAAGGAAGAAUGUGCUUCACCAAAGAAAGUGACCACCCCCCACCCUCACUCUCAGCACUCUGCUGGGGCGGGGCCUGAUGUGAUGACUCCGCCCCACUCCCUGAACCUGAGUGACUCGGUGGUCCUCGAUCUAGCUGACACGUCGUCGCCCAUUGUCAACGAGAAGACCAUCAUCGACGAGAUCAAAGAGAGCACGCCCCAGUGCUGGCGUCACCUGUACCAGCUGCUGGAGCUCUAUGCCACCAUGCCGGAGCCAAAGACAGUGGCCAUGAGACACAGUCAAGUGGCCAAGUUACCAGUCAUUGAGGAGGAGGAGGCAGAUGAGGGAUCAUUGAAGAGAGAAUCAAGAAUGUCAGAUUAUGGAUCACGGCUGAGUACUCUAAUCCAGAAUCGCAAGUCUUCCAUGCUCCAUGGUCUGAGGCGAGACUCUUCUACAGGGGGUCACGAGACUUCUCACCUGCACAAAAAAACUGGCGGUAAACCAGUUGGCCAGGAAUCUGUGGACUCCGCUCACAGCACCCAGAACGACAAAGUGACAGCUGCUGCAAAAGAGGAAGAGACCAUCGGAAACGACUCUUCCCUGGCUCACCAGUCUUUGAUCAGGACACGGUUCAAACAGAGUAUCUAUGUGGGAGAGAGCAUCCCUCUCAUUGUGUACGGCAUCCUGAAGGUGGAGAAGGUUUUGGUCAGCGCUGAGUUGAGUGGCCUCAAGCUGGAGGCUCAGACCACCAAGGUGCAUGCUAGUGGGACCUACAAGAAAAGGGUCAAAGGUUUCAUGCACCGUGUGUCCUCGGACUCAUCCUACACGGCCCACGUGGGACAUUCAAUGAUCAACUUGAGAGAAGGAGAGCCACCAGAUUGGCAAACUGUGGUGACCAUCAAUGUGAACAAGUCUCAGGCCCUACUGACCACCAUCAUGCGGCGCGGCAAGGAGCACAACUCCACCCUGGUCUCCAUCGGGGUCAUCGACGUGGACAUUCCCCAGCACCCUGUGGUUCUCCACGACAUGAUGUCACGCAGCACCAAGCGCAUCACGGCCACUCUGCAAGAGCUGCGCUGGCCAAUGCAGACCACCAGCCGAAUGUACCACUCGGCCGACGAUGAGAAUCAGUCGGCGUCCCCUGCUGGAGGAACAACCUCUGACCUUCAUAGCCGGAUUCCCUACCAGCGCUUGAACAGUGUUCUGGGUGGUGUAUCCAAGCCUGUACCAGAGACCCGAACUGUACGCAAACACCUUCACAUCAAAGCUGUACUGCAGGGUUUUGUGAUUGGUGCUUCCAUCCUGCCGUCAUUGAAAGCUCAGUAUAAGACUGAGGCUAUUCCCAUAACUGGUGUGCUGGGCAAGAAGGCACACUUCACAGUUAUGCUGCCCUCUCACCUCCUAUGCUUCAAGUCAAAGGUUACAGCUGCUGCAGCCUUGGCAGACACGCCCAUCCCUUCCUCAGCAAGCAUUGAGCUGCCGCCCAUACAAGUCAUUGCCAAGGUCCAACCAGGGACUCUGAGUGUGGAGCAUCAAGAGCUUGAUCUUGGUGAGGAUUUGGAGCUGCUAGAAGGCAACUACCUGUACGCAGUGGCUGAGGUGGGCAUGCUGGAGCACAGUCUAACCACUGACUUGCUCAAUCACCUGGUCUUUGUGCAGAAAGUCUUUAUGAAGGAGAUCAAUGAAAUUGUUCAGAAAGUGUCUGGCAGCAGCACUGGUCCUCCUGGCAUGCCUGCUCACCUGGCCACCCAGCCUGAGAGUGUUGAGAGAAAGCCGCUGCUGUAUUCCAUCUCUGUCCGAUUCAAGGGUAUUCAAGUCACUGCGACCACCCCAACCUCCAAUGCUGUCAGAUUUGAAACAGGAGCGAUCACUCUUGACUUGUCAAAUCGCUUUCAUCUGCCAAAGAAGAAUGACCCAAACAAAGAAGACAGCUCAGAUGAAAAGGAUGAGAAGAGCAAUGGUCAAAAAAUGUUUAUCCAAGCUGUGGUAGAUAUGAACCUGGCUUUGGGCCAACUUCUCAAGAAUCCUGUGUUUGAGGAGGCAGAGCCAGAGUUCCAUACAAUGGCGUUCUUCAAGACCAGCAUCAAAAUCAGGAAUGCUCUGAAGCAUGAGAUGAUUCCCAACCUAGCCCAUGACCAGGAGGCCCUGUUGAUCAACUUGUCCAGACCCAUCAUCCUGGCACAGCCACUGGCCUUUGACAAAGCUGUUCUUGUGUGGCUGAACUACAAAAAUGCCUAUGAGUACUGGACAGAACAGAGAAUGGCUCUCAACAAGGAGGUCCUCACAGCCACUCGUCAGGUGAUGGACAAGCUGCCAUCCAUCUCCCCAGCCGCGACGCCUUCCAUCACCACCUUGUUCCUGCAGCUCACUGUGGAUGAUUUGGGCAUUUGUGUACCCUUGCUGGCUUCACAGUAUCAGCCAAUGCCAGGCCCUGGAUCAGGGUUCCAGUCCCCUCGAGUGACAGAGGCGGAGCAAGGGUCAGCUCUGGUGUUGACAGUAGAGAGCACUCAGAUCUCAGCCUGCUCCUGUGGCUCUUUGGUCAGCAAAGGGAAAUUCAAAAAUUUCUGUUUGAGGUUCGCUGAUGACUUUGGUUCUUCCUGGGAUGAUUGGAAGCCAUGGCCAACUGACUAUGGAGCAGUGAUGAACCAGUGUAAUGUGCCCUCUGGCACUUAUGAAGUGUGUUCUAGAACCAUCAAUAAACAUGAAACAAGCAGCGGCAAUGCGAAAUGGAUCCUAAAUGUUCAGUAUGACAUGAAGGGUAUCGAGGUGCACCUUGAUACGAACAUCGGCAAGCGCUUUACCUUGCUCGGCCACACCCUCACUCUGUUGGCUGGCGAAUCAGAAGAUACUUUCUCAGACAUGUCACAUGUGACCAAGCGAGAUGAGCUGGAAGGAAUGGUUGAUGAUGAUGAAGAUGUCAUUGACUUUAGUAGUCCAGACACACAGGAUAACUCUGAAGAGGAGACGGUGCCAAAACGUCGGACGAGCCUCGCUUCAGAUAUUUUGCCAGAGGAGAUCUUUGCUGACAACUUUGACCCUAAGGAGAGAGCACGCAAGAUUGAGAGAGAAAUGAAUGAGCAAGCCAAAGUUGUGCAAGAGCUCAAGGAAUGUGGUGCUACUGAGGCGACCAUUGAUACUGAAAGGAAAAAACUGGAGGACUUACAGGCUCUGCUGUUCCAAGACUUCCGCAGAGAUUUCCUGGAAAUGUUGAAGCGAAAAGGAGACAGGGCUAGCCUAAUCAAGGACAAGCUUGGACUGAGCACCCGGCCGUCUCAUGUUAGAUCUAAGUCAACUGGUGGUCAGAGACUGUCGAGGUCCCCAGUGGAACGACCGACAUCACUGGAGAGGCAAACGUCCUUGACUCGAAGGCAGUCAGAAGACUUGAGCCGGCCUACUAAAGUUUCUUUCUCAGGGACACAGCUCAGCACCUACACUCCCCCAGGUUCACCCCAGAUUGUUGCCUUUGAAGAAUCUGAUUCUGAUGGGGACGGGGCAGAGGAUCACAUCAUCAGAAACCAGCAUAGAUCAAGGUCUUUGGAGGCUAUUCCCAGUUCAGGCUCAGACUCGCAAACAGAUGAGUCAGUUUACCUGCGGCGACCACGCAGUUCCAAAAAAAUUUCCGAGGACACUUCCUCAAUAACUUCACGGGAACAGAUGAAGGUCACGGAGCCCACCAUUGACUUCGAGCUCGAUGUCAAAGUUUUCAUUGACCGAGGAAAUUGUGUUCUCUACCCGAAAGAGGCAAAGGAGGAAGAAGUCAGGAAACAAGCGAAGAGGGAACGGCAACAACAAGCAGGGGAAAGUUCUUCCACCACAGCGGGCAACAAACAGAAGGCGAAGCGAGAGAAAUCUGGGGCUGGCAUCAGUGAGAGUAGGAAGAUCAGCGGAGCCCCAGACCUCACCACUGUCUUCUUCAUCCCAAGUGUGGAUGUCAAGGUUCACUACAACUCUAAGACAGAUCCCAUCCAGUACACAUGCCCAGCGACCAUCGUUGAGGAACCCAGCGUGACCAGCUCCUCUGACAGUGAGAGAAAUCCCCAUCCAUUUGUCCCGGAGAUUCUGAUCUCGGCCCCGUCGCCCACGAUCCCACAUCGGGAGGACUCUUUUGUAGAUUUAGAAGCAGGCAGUCCACGCAAGUCAAGCCAGGCUAAGAGAGCCAGUCUUUAUGCUUGGUUUUCACUUCAGACUUUGCCUGAGGAGAUGAUCAUCAGCCCAACAUUUCUAGACUUCUUGGAGCAGGCCCUUGAACCAUUGCCAAUAACCCAUAGCAGCUCCCCAUCUAUUUUAAAAAGAGACAUGGUGGACAGCCUAGUCAACAACAUGGACCUGGAUGCCUCUCAGGGCUCCCUGGGCCAGCAGUCUGUGGCUUUCUUCCCCGUGGACGUUGUGGUGCACAUCAAAGUGGACCCGUCAUUCAUUCGCUUCAACUGUCACCCAGUGUCACGUGUCGAGUGCCUUCUGCAGGUGCCCUCUCUCGACCUCUUCUUCUCCACCAAGAAAUCUGAUAUCAAUGAGAGCAUGCUCGCUGACAACAUGCAGUCACCAAAGUCUGGCAAAGCACAGAACAUGAAGUCUUCCGCAGCCAACAACAGUGCUUGUGGCAGCAGCCAGUCCACGCCUCGCACUCGUCACACCAGCGGCAUGUCGGACAGCUCCUAUCAUCAGGGCUCCAACUCAGGAGGUCUCAGCGUGACUGGCUGUAUGUCUGACUUCUCCCUCUACAUCUUCCACCCGUAUGGAAUGGGUGUGGCACGUCGGUUUGGAGACUCUCCUGGUUACCGGGGACAGGGUGGACUAGGCAGCAUCUCUGAAAACACAACAAACACAAUUCAUGACAUGGGCCGAAGGGAUUCCCUCAGCCUGAACCUGGAGUUUAUUCGUGUCAACAUUUCACGCACCCGAAAGCUCGAGACCUACAGUGAGAUUGGCGACUCACCAAUGAGGGGUGACCAGCAGACUCGUUCCAAUGCUGUGCGCUUCUCAGCUAUUUGUGAUGUGGGCACGGCUUCGUUUAAGUAUGACAUGCGGCGUCUGUCUGAGAUCCUGUCCCUACCCAAAGCCUGGUACCGCCGCACCCUGGCGCGAAGACUCUUCCUUGGAGAUGACAGCAUGAACCCUCACUCCGGUGAUGAACUGGACCCCCCAUCCCCCACAUCCAGUCAGAGCUCGCUACGACCGAUGUUCAUGUCCCAGAAUUCUGUGUCCCACCCGUCACUCAAUGUCCUGACCCCGCCUAAACAGCUGAAGAAGCACCACCGACGAGGAUCCUCUGGUGACAAAAUCCGCAUCCAGCUCAGUCCGGAGUUUAAGAGUGAAAUAGCUACCAGGAGAGCCUCAGCGUCAAACCAAAUGGCUUCUGAUCAUACCUCGAGCAGCCAUCGAAAGAAGUCACGAGCCCUGAGCUCCCCCGACAUGCAGCGUCAGAAAUCAACCGCUGGGUCAGGUGCGCCAGCCCCAGCCAGUGUGAGCACAUCAUGGGAGACUCUGGUGCUGUUUGCUGUGAACCUCUCACAGUUGAACCUGGAGGUCAACAUGGCCAACGUAAUGGGGAACACAGAGUGGCGCACCAAAGACCUGAAGACCCAGGGAAGGCUAUCCAUCAACAGUAGUGGCCACAAAGAUCUAAACAUCAAUGGUGGUUUCGGCAAAUCCACAUUUGAAUCAAAGGGUGGAAUUGUUGGGGGCACCAUUGAAGUCGUGGACCUGCAUGGUUUCUUCUCUGUGUGCGAGGACCCUGAGCUCGGCCGUGACCCGGAUCACCAGGCAGGCUUGAGCACGGCCCUGCUGGAGACCAAGCUGGACUAUAUGGGUUCUUCUAUUCUCAUGACGCGUCUCUCCCAGCUGCAGCUGGUCCUCAAAGACGAGUGGCAUGUGGACGCCAACAUUCACAAUGACGCGCCUCUUGCCACCAACCGCUCCGCUUUCCUGUUUGUCAAUGGCAAGCUGUCAUGGUCUCACUUUCACCUCAUGAUAUCUCGCUCCACGACCCCUGACCUUAUCAAGAUUAUCUCCAAGCUAGAUGAGUUCUUCUCCCAGCAAGUCAUGAGCGGCCGGCGGGUGUUCCAGCCUACGGCCGGCACCUUUGCAUCCGCAGCACAGGGCAAAGUGCCCAGGAAGAUCUCUGAGAGUGCUGUUCUGGACGAGCUGCGGCACCACCGGCACUGGCAGGAAGCCCUGGAACAUCUGACGGGCUACCAGUUCUCCAUGUUGCCCUCUGUGGUGCCUCAGGAGGGCAUGGUCCUCGGGGGCACCAUGACCUUGGAGGGUCAGGGCCUCAUGCUGGCCUCAUUUCACGGAGUCAACUUCCGGGCCAAGUACUGGGCUUUGUUCAACAUCAAGGACCCGUACAUACACUUCUCCACUGAGUCACAGAAUAUUCCAGAAGGAGGCACCCACAUUGUGCAGGACCUUCAGUUUGUGGUAGGCCAACAGAACAAGCAGAUGGGCGUGACCCCGCGGGCAGACGCGCUGCACAACCACAUGGCCACCAUCUGCAAGAUCUCGCGCACCCAGCACAUGCCCCCAAACUUCACCUGUCUUCACGAAUGGUUCACGUAUGCCAUGACCUCCUCAGCCACUGACCCAAAAGUGGUGCUAGAGUUCCCUAGUGCUUCUCGAGGAGCAGACAUGGAGCACCAGCGGAAGACCAGCAAGGUCAAGGCCACCUACUACAGCCACGAGACAGAAGUCAUAUUUGCCUUCCCCUCCUUGUACAUGAAUCUCAAGACUUCACACUUCCAGGGGGAGAAACCUCCGGAGGAAGGAGAGGACCGCCCUAAGGUGGAGUGUAGCUUUGUGGCCGAGUUCUAUGAUCAUAUCUACGUAGCCAUGGAUGCUGAAGUGAUUCUCUUCCUCCAUGACCUAGUGUCCUCGUACAUUAGGGAGAAAGAUCGCGGGUCCGGCCCAAGGCCUUCCAGUAAAACAGGCAAAGAAAUGUCCAAGUCUGAGAGCAAGCUCAGUGACCCGACCUCUGCCCUCAAGCAUGACUACAGGAGCUUUGAAUGCAAGACGUGGCAGCUGGAGCCUACCCUCAGGUUGAUCCACUGGGCCAGCACACAGAUCGACCCUGUAGGUGCGGACUACGUCCUGCAGAAGCUGGGCUUCUCUCACGCCCGGGUCACCAUCCCCAAGUGGGUACAGCGCGGCUUCAUGGACCCCCUGGACAAGGUGCUGUCUGUAUUGGUGGACAAACUGAUCACCAUGCUUCGGGACCAGCAGAGCAGCGUGCUUCUUGAUGAGUCUCUGGAUCAGGAAACAGGAACAGGAGAUCGGCCUGUUACAGAGAAAUGAUCAGUUGGGAGAUGGGUCUUUUUGAGAAAUGAUGGCCCGAGAGAUGGGUCUGUCUGAGAAAUGAUGGCCCGAGAGAUGGGUCUGUCUGAGAAAUGAUGGCCUGAGAGAUGGGUCUGUCUGAGAAAUGAUGGCCCGAGAGAUGGGUCUGUCUGAGAAAUGAUGGCCCGAGAGAUGGGUCUGUCUGAGAAAUGAUGGCCUGAGAGAUGGGUCUGUCUGAGAAAUGAUGACAUGGAUGAUUGAAAUAAUGACUCUGGAGGUCGGUCUGGCUGUGAAAAAAAUUGAUUCAAGUGCCGAGUCUAACUCCAAGAAAUGCUAACUUGAGCACACAUCUGGGCACACAUGACCGUUACUCGUUUUUGCAUUUAGUGCAUUUCUCAGUAUGCAGUGGUGUAAAUGGAUCAGUUGACCAAAGCGAGGUCGAAGCAUAUGCUUGUGUAGGUCCUGAAAGGCUCAGGAGCCCUCAAAGGGUAAUGCAUAAGGGAAUGGGAGAACAGUGUCCUUCUUGAUGAUUCAAUUAACUGUUAACAAGAGUUGGCCUGGACAUGGAAAGGGGGGGGGGGGGGAUUGCUGAUGUCUGGCUAUUUCUGGAUUGCAGCUUAGAUCUUGUUGGAAAAUCCAUGAAAAGGGAUGGGGAACAGGUCCAUCUCUGUUAAGUGAAAUCUGCUGAUGACUUGAUGAUUAUAACUCUUAUAUUGUGUGUGGUAUGCCUAUAUAUGUCAUGUUCUGUGCAAAUCCUUUUUUACAACUGGUUAAUUUAUACCUGUCUUAUAUUAUUAUGAGCAGGGCUCCUUUUUUCUGGCCAGUUGUUAAUAUGUAAGCAUAAAGUCUGCUGAUGGGCACGCGAAAAACAGAAUGAGACGAAGAUUAUGUGUUCCACCAUAGCUUUUAUGUAGCCCUGGUGGAUGCAGAAGGGAUGUAGGUGCAGGUACACUACUCUCUUUUAAUGUGCAAGGAAUAGUUUCUGUCAAGUUAAAUGUGCAUUUUUUUUUUCUUACAAAAGAGCCUAUUUGACCUGUACCAAUUUGGUCUCGGUUCCACCUGUGCAAAAUUGUGAAAGUGAUAUGAGAAUUGUCAAAAAUAAUACAUUUACUUGUUUAUUGGGACUUAAGAGACUAUCUGUACUAGAAGUAACAUUGUCAGCCAUUAAGUUAUGAUUUGUUUUAUGAGUUAACUCUUUAUCUCCGGCACACCGUUCCCAGCGGCUUGCUGUCGGAACCACUCUGCUGGUGAGCCACUGACAACAGCUCAGGCACAUUCCUUUACGACUUCGA